UCGGGCUUGGGCGCAACAGUGACCUCACACCACCGAGAUAUUUUAAAGGUUGCCAGUCAGCAGAGAGAUGAGUUCUGAGUAGGUAGGCGCACAGGCUCAGGGAGCGCAGCAUCGAGACGUCUGACCUAUGAUCGCGAGGUCCAAGGAAGGUACCAAGGAAAGGUGUUCUGCUCGCCACCAUAGUGGGCCAGGUUUGGGAGCUCUUUCUGGGAUAUGAUCCAGUAGACGACCUGUUUUGCAAUGCUGAGGCAUUGCCCUAUUCCCCGUUUCUCGUCUGGCGCUCGGAGAAAGAUGCCACAUGUUGCCUUUGGGAAAGAGAAGACUUCGUCCCACGUCGACAAGGCAGACCCCGAGCACGUCGCCGCGGAACCGGUACCCCCUCAGAAAGUUCUCAAGAUAUUCAGCCUCAACAUCAUUGCACAGGGUUUGCCUUUCUGUCGCAGACGGGUGAGUUUUAUGAAGAGAAAGUUGGACCAUGGCCCCGAGGUCCGAUCUUUCCCUUCAGGAAAAAAGCCCUGCAAAGGCUCAGAGUAUCCGAGCCCGACAGGAAUCGUCCCAUGUCCAUCCACACCCACCACAUUUGGCCACAUUAGAACAGCCAAUUGUCAGGGGCAGCAGAGACGGCGCAUCACCUCAAUCCAGCCACCCACGGGUCUCCAAGAAUGGCUCCGAACAUUUCAGAGCUGGACUGGCCCAGAGAAGCUGCUGGCGCUGGAUGAGUUGAUUGACAGCUGUGAGCCCACACAAGUCAAGCAUAUGAUGCAGGUGAUCGAGCCGCAGUUUCAGCGAGACUUCAUCUCCCUGCUGCCCAAAGAGCUGGCUUUGUACGUGCUGUCGUUCCUGGAACCGAAGGACCUCCUUCAAGCGGCCCAGACGUGUCGCUACUGGCGCAUCCUGGCAGAAGACAACCUGCUGUGGAGGGAGAAAUGCAGGGAAGAAGGCAUCGAUGAGCCUCUGCCCCUCAAGAAGAGGAAAAUCGUCAAGCCUGGCUUCACCCACAGCCCCUGGAAGAGUGCCUACAUCCGGCAGCACAGAAUAGACACCAACUGGAGGAGAGGGGACCUCAAAUCACCCAAGGUGCUGAAAGGUCACGACGACCACGUGAUCACCUGCCUCCAGUUCUGUGGCAACCGCAUCGUCAGCGGCUCCGACGACAACACGCUCAAAGUCUGGUCGGCCAUCACAGGAAAGUGUCUGCGCACGUUGGUGGGCCACACGGGGGGCGUGUGGUCAUCCCAGAUGAGAGACAACAUUAUCAUCAGCGGCUCCACUGAUCGCACACUCAAGGUCUGGAACGCAGAGACAGGCGAAUGUAUCCACACCCUCUACGGGCAUACCUCAACAGUGCGCUGCAUGCACCUCCACGAGAAAAGGGUGGUCAGCGGCUCUCGUGACGCCACGCUGCGCGUCUGGGACAUCGAGACGGGUCAGUGUCUCCACGUGCUCAUGGGCCACGUGGCGGCCGUGCGCUGCGUCCAGUACGACGGCCGGCGGGUGGUCAGCGGUGCCUACGACUUCAUGGUGAAGGUGUGGGACCCUGAGACGGAGACCUGCCUCCACACGCUGCAGGGCCACACCAACAGGGUGUACUCGCUACAGUUUGAUGGGAUCCACGUGGUGAGUGGCUCUUUGGACACGUCCAUCAGGGUCUGGGACGUGGAGACGGGCAACUGCAUCCACACGCUGACGGGGCAUCAGUCCCUCACCAGCGGCAUGGAGCUCAAAGACAACAUCCUGGUCUCCGGCAACGCCGACUCCACCGUCAAGAUCUGGGACAUCAAGACGGGCCAGUGCCUGCAAACACUGCAAGGUCCCCACAAGCACCAGAGCGCCGUGACGUGCCUCCAGUUCAACAAGAACUUUGUCAUCACCAGCUCGGACGACGGCACGGUCAAACUGUGGGACCUGAAGACGGGCGAGUUCAUCCGCAACCUGGUGACCCUGGAGAGCGGCGGCAGCGGCGGCGUGGUGUGGCGCAUCCGAGCCUCCAACACCAAGCUGGUGUGCGCGGUGGGCAGCCGCAACGGCACGGAGGAGACCAAGCUGCUGGUGCUGGACUUUGACGUGGACAUGAAGUGAGAGCCGACGUGGCGGGGGAGGACGAAGAGAGAGAGGAGUGGAGAGGGGAUGCCCAGAGCACCGCACCCUAAAAUCUACCACCACCGCCAUCCCCCCCCCCCCCCCCACUGUCCCGUCCUCUUCCAUCAACCUCCCCCCCCCCCCCCAAAUGUUACUGACGGAGCCACAGAGCGCCACACGUGUCCAACCCCCCCACCCCCGGUACGCGGCGUCGUCAGAGGGGAAUCGGGUUGGAAGCGAGGAGGCGGGGCGCCACCGGUCUGUUCUGCCCCUCGAUUGGCCGGGAGAAGGAAGAAAGAAGAGAGGAAGAAAGGAACGACUGAUGACGACUGAACUCUUUUGAAGGGACUCUCAACCCUUUCGGUUCGGGGUCCGCUUCGCACAGAGACUUGGUUUCGCUCAAGCCUGACAGAUUUUGAGAUGUACAGAGAUAUAUUAUUUUUUAAAGACUCCUCCCCCCCCCCCCCCCCCCCCCACACACACACACACACUCCUCCCCCUCCCAAACGCACACAUGCACUCAAACGGAAAGUGGGAAUCUGUAGGAACGAUUUGAGGAAGGUGGGCGACGUCUAGAGGUCACUCUCUACACACAGCUGCUCGUUGCAGAGGUUCGGCCCGUCGUCGGGCUCGUUUCUUGUCACUCCAUUUCCCUUCUUAUUGCUCUCCACUCGGAUUCUGUCGUUUUCUUUACAAUAUCGCACGCAAACACAACUGUGAAUUUCAAUACGUUCUUGAUUUAUCACACGGAAGGGUUUUUUUCUUCUCUUUUUUCUUUGCGGUUGCCAACAGCAACACAUCCCAGUAUUAAUAACCUGCUCUGUUUAGGUUUGCUGUUAUUAUGUCACAAGGUUUUUUUCCCCCCUCCUUUUUUCUUUGAGUUGUUUGUUCUUCCUCUCUUUUUUCUACAUACCCGAGUCUGUGGCUCCGCCUCCGCGUACACAUCAGUGCUGUCCAGAGUUUUUCAGUGCCAGUGCUGUGACGGGGAGAAGUACCGGUUCGUUGCUCCGAGCGCUGUGGACGCCCCUGAACCCCCACAGCCCCUGAACCCCCCACAGCCCCCUUCCCCUCUACUGUUUUCUCCCAGUGGCCAAACUGUAUUUAUGCUGCUAGAUGAACGGAAAAAAACGAGAGAGAUGGAACUUUUACUUGCUGUGACGUUUUAGUCCCAGGCAAAAUUCCAAAUUGAACUCUUAUGUUUGGACUUUAAGGAACAAAAGAUCACAAAAGAUAACAUCCAACUUUUUUGUUUUACUUUGUUUGUUUUUGCCACUGAAACUUGAGCCAAACGUGCCUCUACGAGGCUGAGAGGAGAGAGGCGUCCGACGGAUACUGACGGGAGCGCCUGCAGAGAGGAAACCAGGGGAUGUACACUGUUGGCGCGUGUGUGUGUGUGUGUGUGUGUGUGUGUGUGCGUGUGCAUGAGUGCGCGUGCUAGCGUGUUACUGGGCAACUUGUAAACACAUUCCUUGGGACAACGCUCUUCCAGCCUGUUCUUUGGGGAAAUGUACAAAUGCCGUGUGGACCGGCAAAGAAAAUGAAAAAAACUAGCAGAUGUAUCGAUUUUAACGCGUGAAUGAAAGAGCCGUCCGUGUCCGUGUGUGUGUGUGUGUGUGUGUGUGUGUGAUUGUGAUUGUUGUUCAAUUCAAAGAUGUCUGAAGCAACAGAGGAGACCAUCACAAGCAUCCGCUGACAGGUCGCGCUGCCGGAGUCUUCGUGUUACAUGUGUCGCCGUUCAAAUCUCCGUGGCGGCGGUCGCAGCCUCGAGGAUCGUCAGUGGGGGGGGAAUAAAAACACAAAGGCGACAAACGUGAACAUAAACAUUGUAGCCAAACGAAAUAUCGUCUCAAUCUCCAAGAGUCACAACUCGAGCUGAACUGUGAAAGUGGUAUAACACUGUAUAUUAAAAAAGAAAACGAUCUUGCUCUAUCUCCUCUCGUUGUUUUCUCCCUCUGUUUUAAUUUAUGAUCUGGUUUGAGAAAUCGGAUUUGUUGCAGGUGUUUUAUUUUUUCAGUUAAUGUAAACUGCCUGGCAAAAAAGAAAAACGGACAGAAAAAACCUUAAAGGGAUUGUGUAUUUGUUUGAUUCACUUAGAAUUUUAUUUUCUUAUAACUUAAGUGCAAUAAAAUGUGGGUUUUUCUUUUUUCAUUUCAAGCAUAUCGGUUGUCUGUUUUUGUUACCUGUGUGAAGGCAUCUUAUAUGUUCAAUAAAGCAAAUUAUUUGGUUAAUUACA